AUGAACGCAGUAAAUGCGCCGCCUGGACAAGAGUUAUGUUCUCAAGGAAUGUGCUGUUCUCGCUAUGGAUUUUGCGGAACGGAACGAGAUUAUUGCGGGUUGGGAUGCCAAAGUAACUGCAAGCAAGCGGUGCCGAAAAUUGCCACAAAUUGUCCAGGAGCCAUGAAUCGCUCCAUCGCUUACUAUGAAAGCUGGGCGAGCCAUCGCGUCUGCAACAAAUAUAUGCCCUCCGAUAUUGACCCAACACCAUACACACACAUCAACUUUGCAUUCGCUCUAAUCGACAAGGAUGGCAAGGUCAUGCUGUCCCUAUCUAACGACACAAUAUUAUUCGACCAAUUAAAAGACAUGCGUACCAAAUCUAUUAGCAAUUUGCAUAUAUGGAUCUCUGUGGGUGGUUAUGCCGUGGGAGCCGCCCCAUUUUCAAAACUUGCGGCAACUCAGCAAGGUCGGAGUACGUUUAUCGACUCUGUCUGCCAAUUUAUGGAUAAAUACGGAUUUGAAGGAAUGGAUUUGGAUUGGGAGUACCCGUCUGCAAUAGAUAUGGGCGGAUCUACAGCAGACACUGCUAACCUGGUUUCGUUAGCAAAGGAGUAUCGGGAUAAGUGUAAGAACAAGGGGCUAAGCGUGACUGUACCUGGAGGCACCUUCUACAUGAAGGGGUUCGACCUCAAAGGCCUGGAGCCGCAUGUCGAUUGGCUCAACCUGAUGACCUACGAUCUUCACGGUAGCUGGGAAAAGCCAACCACAGCACAGCCUCACACUAACCUCUCCGAUAUCCAACAGUCUCUGCAACUAGUUUGGAACGCCGGUGUUAGUCCAGAAAAAGUGACUUUAGGUCUCGCAGAUUACGGGAAAACUUAUAGAUUAACCAGCGCUUCAUGUACUAAACCUGGUUGUGCGGCUACAGGACCCGGUGAUCCAGGGCCAUGCUCAAACGAGGCUGGAAGCUUGCAUAACGCGGAGAUCGAUACUAUUUUGAAGAAUAAUUCAAAUAUAAAACCUGUUUUGGAUAAGCAAGCUGCAGUAAAAUACUUUGCGUGGGAUACGACACAGUGGGUUUCAUACGACGACAACGAGACCUGGAUGCUCAAAAAACAAUAUGGAGCUGAUAAAUGUCUUGGAGGGACUUUAGCAUGGGCAGUGGAUAUGAAAACUAUUUCACAGAAUGGGGUUAUAUCAACGGACUGA